AGACUGAGUUUUUCUCAAACAACUUCAGUUGUUCGCAGUUAAUCGCUUGAGAAAGAUAUUUGAGACAUUAAAUCCACGAGGAUUUUCUUAGCAUUAUUCCACAAGGAAUAGCACAAUCAAGUCAAUUGUGUACGAUAAUAUUGUGCCCUUAUCUCUCUUUGUAAUCAUCACACCUUUUUGGGGAAUCUGUGUUGGUGUUUGUGGUAGAGAAAAGUGUUCGCCACCCACAAAUCUCAGAGAAGAGAAAAUUUGUGUUUUGUGCCUCGUAAAAGGUGAAAAGUGCCACUUUUCUCACUAAAAAGAGAAAACCUUUCAGUGGGAUUCCGCCCCUUUGUGGUAUUUUCCACAAAACACCGUGACUACCAUCUCAGCAAAAGGUGUGAGAACCAAUCGUCUUAUCCGGAAGUUCCCUGAAAAGACAUACACACAAAAAAAAACUUUAGGAGGAAAAACCCCACCAGAACUACUUUUAUCCAGAGGGCUAGAAAAUCAUUAAAAGCUCACAAAAUGUUCAUCGAAGAGGAUGACAAGAUGGAAAGCUUUUGGGUGCAAACAGCAAUCGGGGCCAUUAAGUGUCUCGCAUUUGUCUGUGAUGUUCUCACAUUUCCAAUAUACUUAGCACUUCAGAGGCCAUGGAAGCGUCGAAUGUUAUCACGUCGUAUUAAGGCAAAACCAAUCAAUCAGGAUGACACCCAGAUUACAUAUCGUACGGUGGAUCCGCCACAAGAGGUGCACGUAAAAAUGCUGCAGCUGGGUCUGGAUACCCUUGAGAAGGUAUUCAAGUACGUGGUGAAGAUCCACACGACAAAGCGCUGCCUGGGCACGCGACAGAUUCUGGGUGAAGAGGAUGAGCUCCAGCCCAAUGGACGUGUAUUUAAGAAGUACAAAAUGGGGGAGUACAAGUGGAGGAAUUUCAUUGAGACCGAACAAGCGGCAAUGUGCUUUGGGCGUGGGGUGCGAGAGUUGGGGCAGCAACCCAAAGAGAAUAUUGUUAUUUUUGCUGAGACACGAGCAGAGUGGCUAAUUGCUGCUCAUGGUUGCUUCAAGCAGAACAUCCCAAUUGUGACAAUUUAUGCAACACUCGGGGAUGAGGGUAUCAUCCAUGGGAUUAAGGAGACGGAAGUUAGCAUUGUCAUCACAUCCCAUGACCUUCUGCCAAAAUUCAAGACACUCUUGCCGUAUUUGCCCAAAGUGAAGACUAUCGUCUACAUGGAGGAUCAACUGCAUAAAACUGAUGUUGUUGGAUUCAAAGAGGGUGUCAACAUUAUUUCCUUCUCCGAAGUACUCCAAAAGGGAACAAAUAGCAAAUAUGAGGGAGUUCCCCCAGAAGCUGAUGAUACAGCAAUUAUCAUGUACACAUCUGGAUCAACGGGCACCCCAAAGGGAGUUUUACUCUCACAUCGUGGCUGCAUUGCCACAAUGAAGAAUUUCUGUGAUAGCGUCAAAAUCUACCCAGAUGACAUUCUCAUUGGAUUCCUUCCGCUAGCGCACGUCUUUGAGCUGAUUGCUGAGAGUGUGUGCCUCCUAACGGGUGUCCCCAUUGGGUAUUCCACCCCAUUAACACUCAUUGAUAGCAGUAGCAAAAUCAUGAAGGGUUGCAAAGGGGAUGCCUCAAUUCUCAAACCAACUUGCAUCACAUCUGUGCCGCUAAUUUUGGACAGAAUAUCAAAGGGAAUCAAUGACAAAGUGAAUUCGGAGCCACCAUUCAAGAAGGCUCUCUUCCGCUUUGCCUAUGAAUACAAAUCAAAGUGGUUGAAACGCGGCUACACAACACCCCUGACGGAUAAAUUGAUCUUCAAGAAGGUUGCCAAAUUGAUGGGUGGACGUGUCCGGGCAGUACUUUCGGGCGGUGCUCCACUCUCCCCGGAUACACAUGAACAAAUUAAGGUUUGCCUCUGUGUGGAUGUUAUUCAGGGAUAUGGACUCACGGAGACAACUUCCGGUGCUUCAGUACUCGACAAAUGGGACAUGACAUUCGGACGUGUAGGAGCCCCGUCGACAAUGUGUGAUAUCAGGCUGAUUAAUUGGGAAGAAGGGAACUAUCGUGUCACAAAUAAACCAUAUCCACAGGGAGAGAUUGUAAUUGGGGGUGAAAACGUUUCCAAGGGCUACUACAAGCUACCUGGUAAGACGCAAGAGGACUUCUUCGAUGAGGAUGGAAAGAGGUGGUUCAAAACAGGAGAUGUCGGUGAAUUCCAUCCUGAUGGUGUACUUAAGAUCAUUGAUCGCAAGAAGGAUUUAGUAAAACUCCAAGCUGGUGAAUACGUAUCCCUGGGAAAGGUUGAGGCUGAACUAAAGACGUGUCCAGUGGUUGAGAAUAUCUGUGUCUACGGGGACCCCACGAAGCAGUACACCGUGGCUCUUGUGGUGCCGAGUCAGAAGCACCUCGAAGAGAUUGCCCUCAAGCAGGGUAUUACAAAUCUCAACUUUGAGGAUCUCUGUUCUUCACCCGUAAUGGAGAGGGCAGUUAUCAAGGAAUUAGCUGAACAUGCCAAGAAAUGUAAAUUAGAGAAAUUCGAAGUACCCGCCGCUAUUACACUUUGCAAGGAGGUUUGGUCACCCGAUAUGGGACUCGUCACAGCUGCUUUCAAGCUGAAACGAAAGGAUAUCCAGGAGAGGUAUCAGCAUGAUAUCAAUCGUAUGUACGCUUCAUGAAAUACACCCAAACAGACACAUCGUAGGCGUAAAUGAAAGUCCGUAAGAAAUUAAAGAAAAAUCGAAAGAAUCACAGCUAAAAAAUCAGAGGAACGGACUUGAAGAAAUUUGCUAAGAAAAAAAAAUCACAAAAUAGGAAAAAAGAAAA